AUGAUUUUAAAAUUAAAUAUAGAAAAUGGGUUAUCAAAGAAUAAUAAUAAGGUUAUAAUGUUUAUAUCCGAUGAUGUAAUAUCGAGUAGCAAUAUCAACAUCUACAAUAAUAGUAAUAAUAGUGGUACUGGCAAUAACAACACUAUGCAGUACAUAUAUACAUUAAUUUCAAAAAGAUACAAUAUAGAUAGGAAAAAGAAUGAUUUUGUAUUAUUAAAUAAAGAAGGUUAUGCUAUAUUACCAUCAGAACAUAUAUUAAUAAUAAAAGAGUUAAAUAAAGAUGACGAGAUAAUAGUAUCAAAAAUUAUAAAUAAAGAAAAGAAUAUCAAAAAAAGAAAAUACAAGAGCGAAUCUGAAAGUAGCAGUAGUAGCGAAAGUGAUAGCAGCAGUGAAAGUGAAAGUGAAAGUGAAAGUGAAAGUGAAAGUGAAAGUGAAAGUGAAAGUGAAAGUGAAAAAAGCAGCGAAAGUGAAAGUGAAAGCAGCAGUGAAAGUGAAAGUGAAAAAAGCAAUGACAAUGAAAGCCGAUCCGAUAGUGAUAUCAGUGCUUCCAUUCCUUUUUCUUUAGAAUCUCAAAAAGAAAAAGAUAUAUCAACAAACCAAUAUAUGCCAACUAAACCUCCACAAAAAAGAAUAAGGCCAUUUGAAGAUAAUCAAAUUUCAAACUUUUUAAAUAGUUUAAAUGCACAACAACCACAACAACCACAACAACCACAACAACCACAACAAAAACAAAUACAACAACAGAAACAACCGCAACCAGAAAAAGUAGAAAAUAAAUCAACACCCAACAAAAAAAAAAAUAAAAAAAAAAAUAUUAAUCAAAGCUAUUCAGAAAAUUUUUGCAAUGAUUAUCUAACAAACUAUAGUUAUAAUAUCAGUUAUAAAAACAUAGACGAGUUUUUAAUUGAAGAAAAAAAGAAACAACUCCAACAAAAAUUAAACGAUGCAACUGUCAACACUACCACUACAACCCCAAACAACAUAGGCUUAUUAUCACCACCAAAUAAUAAAAUUCAAAACUCAAAGCAAAAUAAAAAGCAACAAAAUAACAAACAACAUGCCGAUAACAACAGUAAUAGCAAAAGCAACAGUAGAGAAAAAUUAUUAAAAAACUAUUCAAAUUUUAGCAAUUUAGUUGAACCAAAAGUAAAUGACAAAAUAGCGUUUCAAAAGAAUGUACUUUUAAAUUAUAAUUUAGAGGUUUCAGAUUAUAUUGAGGGUGUAAUUGAAUCAAUAGAUGAUUAUAACAACCUAUAUAUAAGAAUUGCACCAAAUUUUGGCGAGUCAUCAUUUUUAGAUAAUGAAUGUUUUGAAGAGGAUGGGACAUUAGGCUUGCCCUUAGACUCUCUUAUUAAUCCGAAAUUAAUAAAAUAA